CAAGGUCCCACAAAUAGUAAAUUCCAAAUUAGCCCAUGAAAAAUGCUUUGCCUCAGUUGAAAGACUUGUACAUGGUAUGAUAGAAAGACAAAAUAAUGCUCACUACAGUUUUAGUAUUCAACAAUCAUCUCAUCUCUUGCACAUAACACGCAACAGCUAUGAAGAAGGAGAGAGAUGAGAAGAAGCUCGUUUUUAGUGUCACUCCAUUUAUUUUACUACUAAGCUUGCCGUUGCUCUGCGUCGGUGUCGAUUUCCUCUGGGGGAACAGAAUUACCUUGGAUCAAUGGAUGCAGAAUUUUUCCGUCUCAGAAACUGGCGUAAGGGCCGCGAAGAAGAAGGUGCAAGACAAGAAAUUCAACAAUUUCCAUCUAGCAAGACUAGUAAGAGGGGAGGAUCGGAGGAAGCUUGACGAUACAGGCUUCGCGUGCCAUAGGGCAAUACACUCCACCCAUUGCGUAUCGACUAAAGCGGUAAGAAUAGACACCCGAAACAUGACGCUCUACAUACCCUCCGAUGAGAGCUGGCGCAACGAGACGGUGGUCCGACCCUACCCGUGGAAUGGAUAUGACGUGAAUGAAAUCUCGGCCGUCCGCAUCAUUCAGUACAGCAACACCUCGGCUCCACCACCGUGUGAGUUCCACCACGACGUCCCCGCCGUGGUGUUCUCCUCGGGGUACACCGGAAACACGUACCACGAAAUGAGCGAGAUCAUCAUCCCCCUCUUCAUCACCACCAAGCAGUUCCAGUCGCGCGUGGUGUUGGUGAUGGAGGACUACAAGCCCUCCUUCAUCGCCAAAUACGGCACCAUCCUAUCCCACCUGUCGGCUCACGAGGUGAUGAAUCCGGCCGCCAACGCCACCGUCCACUGCUUCCCUGCUUCGAUAGUGGGGCUCAAAUAUCACGGCAUUCUGGCUCUGAAUUCGAGCGACAUCCCUGGAGGCUACGGAAUGCCCGAAUUCAGGCAUUUCCUCCGCGACACCUUCGGUCUGAGGUUUGAGCACGUUUCGCAGAUACCUAGGCCGAGGCUGCUCCUGUUGUCGCGUACGAAUUCAAGGAAGUUUCUGAACGAAGACGAAAUGAUAGGCAUGAUCGAGGACGUAGGGUUUGAGGUGAUGAUGGUGAGAGGAUCGAAAGUGGCGUCGAAUCUGAGGAAAUUAUCGCAGCUGAUAAACUCGUGCAGCGUGAUCCUGGGUGCCCACGGGGCCGGCCUCACGAAUGAUGUAUUCUUGCCGAGGGGCGGCGUCAUCAUCCAAGUAGAACCGCUCGGCACGGAGUGGAUUUCAAAAGUUAUCUUCGGCGACACUGCGCGAGCAAUGGGGCUGCACCACUUGCGCUACAAGAUUGAAGAGCAUGAGAGUUCGCUGCUCAAACUAUACGGCCGCAAUAGUUCAGUCAUAACUGAUCCAGAAUCAGUGUACCGAGAGGCUGGUUACACAGCUGCAAGAGCUGUGUUUUUUGAUCAGCAGAAUCUGAAGCUCAAUCUUGCUCGAUUUAGGGAGACCGUUGUCGAAGCGCUUAGUAUUGUUUCGGAUUGAUCAUAUAACUAGUAUAUUUAUUUUUUUGUUAAGAGUGUGCAAACCACUUUAUAUGAAUUUGAUCACACAUACCCUAAGAAAGAAAACACAUGUACAAUAUCUCAAGUCUGUAUAUACAAUGAUGGUUUUACUUGUUUAUAAUUGUUUUACUCA